GAUCGUUUGGGUAACCUUGGUGUCAUUGAUGAGAAAUACGAUGUCGCGAUUUCAACUGCCUGUCCAGCAUUGAACAACUUCGUGGUUGAUUCUGUUGAAGUUGGACAAACUUGUGUCGAUCAUCUUAGAAAAAACAAUUUAGGCCGCGUCAUAUUCAUUCUUUUGAAUAAGCUACCUAUCAUGGAUAUGCGCCCGAUACAAACACCUGAAAAUGUUCCCCGUCUUUUUGAUCUUGUUAAGCCGAAAGAUGACAAGUUUAUCCCAGCAUUUUAUAGUGUGUUACAAAAUACUUUGGUAGCCGAAAAUCUACAACAAGCGAAAAGGAUAGCAUUUGGUAAAAAUCGAUGGCGCGUAGUGACUUUAAAUGGUGAAUUGGUUGACAAAUCUGGCACUAUGAGUGGCGGAGGUGCCCAAGUGUUGAAAGGUGCCAUGAAUCCAACAUUUUCUUCCGACAUAACACCCGAGACAAUAACAAAAAUAGAAAGAGAACGUAGUCACUUAGAAGUACAGUUGAGAGAAGUUGAUGAAAAAGUUAGUUCUUUAGAAUCUCAACUUCAAGAGAAAAAGGAUGAACUUCCUAAAUUAAAGUUUGAACUAUCAAAGUUAAAGAUGUCUGCUGAUGCUUGCGUAGAAAGUAUUACCGAUAAUGAAACAAGAAUAGUUGAGUUACGGCGACGAGAUAAUUUAAAUAUAGAUGAUACCAGGAAUAUGGGACAACUUCGAACAAAAAUUGAUCAUCUUACACAAGAAUUGGAUAGAUUGAAACGUCAACCUUCUAAAAUUGAAGAAGAGAUUAAUAUUUUGCAAAAUAAGAUUUUGGAAAUUGGGGGUGAUAAACUUCGAGCUCAAAAGGUUAAAGUAGAUCAUAUUAAAGAUCAAAUAGAUUUAACAAAUGAGCGAAUUACUAAGUCGCAAGUGGCCAAAUCAAGGGCGGAGAAGGAAAAGAUAAAAUUCGAAAAUUCUCUAGCAAAUAGUGAAAGAGAAUUAGAAGAAUUAAAUAAUGAGAUAGAAAAUAUUACAAAAGAAAUUCAACAGAAAGCCAAUGUUGCACGUUCCAUUCGUAUUAAAGCCGAUGAAGCCAAAUCUAAAUUGGAAAAUAAAAAAGAAGAAUUAGAUGAGAUCAAGGAAGAAUUUGAUGAAAAAGCCGAAAUUAUAAAUCAAAUUAGAGCAAUUGAGUUAAAAAUUCAAAACCAAAUAGAAGAUAGUGAACGCAAUUUGACAGAAAAUAAACAAAAAGAAAUUCAUUGGCGAAAAUGCCUUAGCAACCUUACACUUCAUGAAAUUGGGGGUGACGAGGAGCAAGAAUUUCAAAUCUAUACUGAUGAUGAGCUCCAUGAAAUGAACAAAGAUACAUUACAAGGAGAUAUUGAUAUUCUUAAAGAAAAAACCGAAAACGCCAACCCAAAUCUAAAUAUUCUGAAGGAAUAUAAGAUUUGUGAAAAAGAAUAUAUAUCUCGUCAAAAAGAUUUUGAAGAGAUUACUUUCAUACGUAAUGAACGUAAAGAGAAUUACAAUAAUUUAAGGAAGCAAAGAUUGGACGAAUUCAUGAAUGGAUUUAAUGUUAUUUCUCAAAAACUUAAAGAAAUGUACCAGAUGAUUGCACUUGGAGGAAAUGCUGAGCUGGAAUGUUGUGAUAGCAUGGACCCCUUUUCGGAAGGCAUAAUUUUUAGUGUUAUGCCGCCGAAAAAAAGUUGGAAAAAUAUCUCGAAUCUAUCUGGUGGGGAAAAGACGCUUAGCUCUUUAGCUCUAGUGUUUGCUCUGCACCAUUACAAACCCACACCCAUAUAUGUUAUGGAUGAAAUUGAUGCGGCCUUGGACUUUCGUAAUGUUUCAAUCGUCGCAAACUACAUUAAAGAACGUACGAAGGACGCACAAUUUAUUGUAGUUAGUCUACGUGAUAACAUGUUUGAAUUAGCGGAUCAUUUAGUAGGGGUUUAUAAAAUUGGUGAUCAGUCAAAAUCAGUUACAAUUAAUCCGCGUAAAUUUCAGGAUAUUACAUUAAGUAAAAAGUCUUGA